CCAGUAACACAAGUAAAAAAAGAUUUUCAAAAAUCACGAAGUAGUUUUUCACAAAUCUAUACACUCAGUUUCACUAUUUAUCAAGUAUCGACAAGAGCAAUGGCGUCGGAGAAGCAACAAAUAGCAGAGAGAGCCGAGGCCGCGGCAAGGCUAGCGGCUGAAGACUUGCAUGACAUUAACAAAGACGGUGGUGGUGACGUCACGAUGUAUAAGGUGACAGAGAGAACAAUUGAACAUCCGCCGGAGCAGGAGAGGCCCGGUGUGAUAGGAUCGGUGUUCAGGGCUGUGCAAGGAACAUACGAACAUGCCAGAGAUGCUGUUGUCGGAAAAAGUCACGAUGCUGCUGAAUCGACGAGACAAGGAGCUGAGAUAGCCUCAGGGAAAGCAGCUGAAACAAAAGACGCAACGGUUGAGAAGGCAAAGGACACCGCAGAUUACACGGCGGAGAAGAUGGGCGAGUAUAAAGACUAUACGGUUGAUAAAGCUAAAGAGGCGAAGGACAAGACUUCGGAGAAGGCGAAGGAGAUGUCAGAUUAUACCGCGGAUAAGGCGGUAGAAGCCAAGGAUAAGACAGCGGAGAAGGCAAAGGAGACGGCUAAUUAUACGGCAGAUAAGGUCAAGGAGGCUAAGGAUAAAACGGCACAGAAGGUGGGUGAGUACAAGGACUACACCGCGGACAAGGCCGUAGAAGCUAAGGAUUACACGGCGGAUAAAGCUAUUGAAGCGAAGGAUAAGACGGUGGGGAAGACCGGGGAGUAUAAGGACUACACGGUGGAGAAAGCGACUGAAGGUAAAGAUGUUGGAGUUAGUAAGCUUGGAGAGUUGAAGGAUAGUGCUAUUGAUACGGCGAAGAGAGCUAUGGGUUUCUUGUCGGGGAAGACAGAGGAAACCAAACAAAAAGCUGUGGAGACCAAAGAUAGUGCCAAGGAAAAAAUGGAAGAAGCUGGAGAAGAAACGAGACGCAAAAUGGAGGAGAUGAGAUUGGAGGGUAAAGAACUCAAAGACGAAGCUGGAGAAAAAGCACGCGAGGCAUCUCAAAAGACUAAGGAGAGUACUGAUUCAGCAGCUGAAAAAGCCCAGGAAACAAAAGAUUCUGCUGCGGUUAGGGGAAACGAAGCGAAGGGGACCAUACUUGGUGCAUUAGGGAAUGUGACGGAGGCUAUAAAGAGCAAACUUACAAUGCCAUCGGACAUUGUGGAGGAAACACGGGCGGCGCGUGAACAUGGAGGCACGGGAAGGACGGUGGUCGAAGUCAAAGUCGAAGACUCAAAGCCGGGUAAAGUGGCGACAUCUUUGAAGGCGUCGGAUCAGAAAUGACCGGUCAAACAUUCAACGAUGUUGGACGGAUGGAUGUUGAUUGAUGAGGCAUGGGAUAAGGGUAGCUAUGAGAGACCGGCGCGUAUUGGGCCUGGGCUAGGCUUUAGAAAACGAAAGCGUGUUUUGUUGGUCCGUUUUGGAUUUGAUCAGUUGUAACAAAUGUUUUCUGAUAAUUUCUUUGCGUUGUAUUCUUAUGCAUACUUUUACUUUUAAAAGACUAGUUUUAACUUUCUCACUCGGUUUAUAGGAGCGAAUGUUCGUAGUGACUUUUAAAGACUAUGCUUUGCUAUGUUAAUCAACUGUCAACGGACUCGAG